AUAUAGCAUGGUGACUAUAAUUAAUAAUACUGUCAUAUAUUUAGACUCAGCUAAGAGACUAUAUUUUAAUUGCUUUUAAAAAGGUAACUAUGCAGGGUAGUGGAUAUGUUAAUAUUAGCUUGAUUGUGGUAAUAAUUUCACAAAGUAUACGUAUACCAAAGACUACAUUGUAUACCUAAGUAGAUUCAUUUUUAUUUGUCAAUUACAAGUCAACAAAAUUGGGAGGGGGAAUGAGAGGUGAGGGUUGUAUCCCAGGGAUGGAGGAAGACUAAAGCUUCUUAUAUGAAAUAAAUAGGCAGUGAAAUAUGUGUGUGCUCUUACAUGAGGCUAAGAUCACAUCUCACUCUUAGGUUCCUCACUCUGACUACAGUCAACAGUUAAUUGUCAGAACAAACAUAGUUCUAAAAUAGAACUUCCUGGAAAGGCUUUUUUCAUUUUUUCCGUUCAAUGGAACUGGAUUUAUACAGCAGGAUUUAUACAGCAGGAUUAUAUGGCAAGAUUUUCUUGUAUUUUUACAGGAAAAAAAAAAAAAAGGAGGUGCAGGUUUGAAUUAUCAGGGUUAUUCUGAUUCCAAACAGAAUAUAUUUUAAGGCAUACUGGAUAUUAAUAAUUCAAUUAUUUUUAUUUCUCUAGUCUAAGACAACUUCUCUACUCUUUCAUUAAAUAUAAAGAUGUGUUAAUAAUAAUGGUCAUGGAGGACACAAAUGGGGACCGUAAGUUAUCCUAAACCUACUUUUGAUGGGCGAGGAAAAUGGAAUCUUUAGGUGCUGCUUUUUAAUAAUCAAGCAACUAUGAAUUUUAGAUAAAUAAGAUAAACAUUUUAAGAAAUUAUACAUAUGAGUAACUGACAAACUGUGUUGCAACUGUGGAACUGGAUAACAUAUAUUCCACAGCAUCUCCUUAGGAGGAACUGUUUAACUUGUAAUAGCAGUAAGGAAAAUUUUUGUUAACAUGAGGAUAUUUAACAUAUUAAGAACAACUAUUGUAUUACAAUGACUUUGAUAGAAGAAUAUGAGUUAUCUUUAAACUUAAAAUUCUUCUGUAAAGUAGGUAUUUUGAUCACCUCUCAACUUUUUUGAGUGGAAUUAAAGUUCAGAAAAAUUAAUUAGCCUGAAGUCAAUCAGUAUGACUUGACAUCACACAUAAACAUCAAGCCAUUGAUAGAUCUCAGAAAGAUAAUGUGGUACUCAAAGAUUUGUUGAAAUUAAUGAUGGAAAAUGACCACAAGACCAACAGAUCUAAAUUAUUUUUUCCAACUUACAAACCCUCUGAAGUUGGUUUCAAACCUCUCCUCUAGCGUUGUGAUCACAAGUCAGCUCCCGAGUGAGCCUGUUUACUACAGUAUGAUAGAUUACUAAGACUAUCCCAAAACUCAAGGAGUUAUGACACUGAUUAAAGGAUUUCCACAUUCUCAUAAGCUCUUUCCAACUCCCCAGAUAUAUUAGGAUGGUCUCUUCAAAAUCUUUCAUUCAGUAAAUACGCAUUAUAUCUGGAAUCUCAGAAUCCUUUACAUUAAAAGUGUUCUUUGUUCCGAAUUCUGAUCCUUCCCUAUUUUCCCUCCUUCAGGAUUGUUUCAGAGCAAGCCUGCAGCCUGGAUCCAUGGAGAAGGUCAAUUCUUCAGUGGUAUCUGAGUUUGUAUUGCUGGGACUCUCUAGUUCUCAGGAAAUUCAGCUUUUCUUUUUUGUUUUCUUCUCUGUGCUAUAUGUGGUCAUUGUGCUGGGAAACCUUCUUAUUAUCCUCAUGGUGACUUUUGAUAACAGACUGCACUCCCCGAUGUACUUUCUCUUGGGAAACCUUUCCUUUGUGGACAUCUGUCAGGCUUCCUUUGCUACUCCUAAGAUGAUUGUUGAUUUUCUAAGUGAACACAAGACCAUCUCCUCCAGUGGCUGCAUAGCUCAGAUUUUCUUCAUUCACCUUUUUACUGGAGGGGAGAUGGUGCUGCUUGUCUCCAUGGCCUAUGACAGAUAUGUAGCCAUAUGCAAACCUCUACACUAUGUCAUCAUCAUGAGCCAAAGGACAUGCAUUGUACUGGUAAUGAUCUCCUGGGCAGUGGGCUUGGUGCACACACUCAGCCAGUUAUCAUUUACUGUGAUGCCUUUUUGUGGACCCAAUGUAGUAGACAGCUUUUUUUGUGACCUUCCUCGAGUGGCCAAACUUGCCUGCCUGGAUUCUUACAUCAUUGAAAUACUCAUUGUGGUCAACAGUGGAAUCCUUUCACUAAGCACUUUCUCUCUCUUGGUCAGCUCUUACAUCAUUAGUCUUGCCACUGUCUGGUUUAAGUCUUCUGCUGCAAUGGCCAAGGCAUUUUCUACUCUAGCUGCCCAUAUCACUGUAGUAAUAUUAUUCUUUGGACCUUGCAUAUUCAUCUAUGUGUGGCCCUUUACCACCUACCCUGUGGAUAAAGUUCUUGCCAUAUUUUACACCAUUUUUACUCCCAUUCUAAACCCCAUUAUUUACACACUAAGGAACAGAGAUAUGAAGACUGCCAUGAGGAAAAUUAUGACGUAUUACUUCAGGCCCAAGAAAAUUUCUGAAAUGCCACUAGUACUGAGGAAUUCACUUUAG